UCGUCGGGAGAGCCUGAGGCGCUGCACGGGGCUUCAGGGCACACCCUUUCAGCGGUCCCCAGCUCGGCUUUUGGGGGGCACGGGCGACAGCAUGGACACCAAGCGAUGCUUCGCUAACCGCUUCGAUGACUACCAGGGCAGCCUACUGGCGGGCCAGUGCGAGGAGGCAGUGGCGCCCUUGGUCACCGCCACCAUCGAGCGCAUCCUCCAGGAGCUGCCCCCGCUUGGGGGCGGCGCUGAGGCCCGGGGUGCCACGGCCACGGCCAGCGGCUGUCAAGGGGGUCUGUACAGCGGCGUGGCCGGGGUGGCCUACAUGCUCUACCACGUCUCUCAGAGCCCGCUCUUCGCCACCGCCCGGGAGCGCUACCUGCGCUCAGCCAAGCGCCUCAUAGACGCGUGUGCCCGUGCUGAGGAGUGGGGUGAGGCGGACGCCGACACCCGAGCCGCCUUCUUGCUCGGGGGCGCGGGCGUGUACGCCGUGGCCACGCUCGUGUAUCACGCCCUGGGACGGUCCGACUACGUGCAGCCGCUGGCCAAGUUCCGGGCUCUGUGCGCCGUCUGCGCGCCGGUCUCCUUCCUGGAGUGCGGCUCCGACGAGCUGUUCGUGGGCCGCGCGGGCUACCUGUGUGCCGCGCUGGUGCUCAAGCAGAAGCUCGCCCAGGAGGUGCUAACUCCAGUACAGAUCAAAUCAAUUUGCCAGGCGAUUCUGGAUUCUGGGAAGCAAUAUGCCAUGAAGAAGAGGAAACCGUUUCCCCUAAUGUACUCUUACUAUGGAACUGAGUACUUGGGGGCAGCUCAUGGCCUGUCGUCCAUUCUCCAGAUGCUUCUCUCUUACCAUGAGCACCUCAAGCCUUCGGAUCGUGAGCUGGUGUGGCAGAGUGUAGAUUUCCUCAUGGAACAGGAACAGAACUGCAACUGGCCCCCUGAGCUUGGCGAGACCAUUGAGAGAGAAAAUGAGCUAGUCCACUGGUGCCACGGUGCCCCAGGCAUUGCCUAUCUGUUUGCCAAAGCUUAUCUGGUUUCAAAGAAGCCACAGUACCUGGACACAUGUAUUCGGUGUGGAGAACUCACGUGGCAGAAGGGCCUGCUGAAGAAGGGGCCAGGCAUUUGCCAUGGUGUAGCUGGCAGUGCCUAUGUCUUCUUGCUGCUGUACCGGCUUACAGGAAAUUCCAAAUACAUCUAUCGAGCUCAAAGGUUUGCUCAAUUCUUAUUUACUGAGGAAUUCAAGGCCGGUUCCCGGGUCCUUGAAAGCAUCUACAGCUUGUAUGAAGGCUUCUCUGGGACCGUGUGCUUUCUCAUCGAUCUGCUGCAGCCCAAUCAGGCUGAAUUCCCUCUCUUCAGUGUCUUUGUUUAG